CUCACGAGCGCCGUCACGCGAUACGUCGCGCCCUUUACGUAACGCGCGAAAGGAUAGUCUUCGGAGUGGUAUCCUGAGUGUGCUUCGUAUUGUCCCGACUGCUGGUGAUAGUCGGGUGGUAGCGGCCGACGGUGGCCGAAGCUUGUUGGAGGUGUUACGCAGAUGUUGCGCGCGCGCAGGAGUACCAGGGCAGAGCGCGCGCGGCUCGCACGCCACGCGGUCAACGUCCGCGCACCCUAGACGAUACAUUGUAUUAUUAUACGGUCGGACAUGAAAAAUCUCGAUCAAUUGCUGGCUGUUCCUAUCAGCGAGUACGUGGUGACUUUCAUCUCUUUAGUAGCCGCGGCCACACUGCUCUCGAGGACGACAGAAGGGCGUUCGGCCCGUAAGUGGUCGGCGGGAGAAGGCGGGCGCAAAGAAUACCGCCGCGCGCGCUUUCAGUACCAUACACACCCGCCCAUUUACUGUUAGCAGUAGGCAGUUCACUCGGGGGGAGUUCGAUAGACAAUGUCCGAGGACUUGGACUCGAUCAGCGAGGAAGAACGAAGCUUGUUCCGACCUUUCACCCGAGAAUCAUUGGCCGCUAUCGAAUCUCGCAUAGCAGAAGAACAUGCCAAGCAAAAGGAACUCGAGAAAAAACGAGCGGAAGGAGAGACCGAUUUGGGGCGGACGAAAAAGAAAAAAGAAGUGCGUUAUGAUGACGAAGACGAAGAUGAGGGUCCCCAACCAGACGCGACCCUGGAACAGGGCCUGCCACUGCCGGUCCGGAUGCAAGGCUCCUUUCCGCUCGAACUGGCCUCCACCCCCCUCGAGGACAUCGAUCCCUUCUACCACAACCAAACAACUUUCGUAGUCAUAAGCAAGGGUAAAGAUAUCUUCAGAUUUUCGGCGACCAAUGCCUUGUGGAUAUUGGAUCCUUUCAAUCCAAUAAGAAGAGUGGCUAUAUACAUUCUAGUACAUCCUUUGUUCUCUCUAUUUAUUAUAACCACGAUUCUUGUGAACUGUAUACUUAUGAUCAUGCCUACCACGCCCACCGUUGAAAGUACUGAAGUUAUCUUUACCGGAAUCUACACCUUUGAAUCGGCGGUGAAAGUAAUGGCCAGGGGUUUCAUACUACAGCCAUUCACAUACCUUAGAGAUGCAUGGAAUUGGCUUGACUUCGUAGUUAUAGCUUUAGCUUAUGUGACGAUGGGCAUAGAUCUCGGCAACUUGGCCGCUCUCAGAACAUUCAGAGUUCUCCGAGCUUUGAAGACUGUGGCCAUCGUACCGGGCUUGAAGACAAUCGUUGGUGCUGUAAUAGAGUCGGUAAAAAAUCUGCGGGAUGUGAUCAUUUUGACCAUGUUUUCUCUAUCUGUGUUUGCCUUAAUGGGACUACAAAUAUAUAUGGGUGUGUUAACGCAGAAAUGUAUCAAGGUAUUCCCCGAAGAUGGCAGUUGGGGGAAUCUAACCGACGAGAAUUGGGAAAGGUUUUGUCAAAAUGAAACAAACUGGUAUGGCGGAGAUGGAGAAUACCCUCUGUGUGGAAAUUCAUCAGGAGCGGGGCAAUGCGAACCAGGCUACAUGUGUUUGCAAGGUUACGGUCCGAACCCUAAUUAUGGCUACACAAGUUUCGAUACCUUUGGCUGGGCUUUUCUAUCGGCCUUCCGUCUCAUGACUCAGGAUUAUUGGGAGAAUUUAUAUCAAUUGGUGUUGAGAUCGGCGGGUUCGUGGCACGUUUUGUUCUUCGUUGUGAUCAUCUUCUUAGGUUCGUUCUACCUCGUGAAUCUGAUCUUGGCCAUCGUCGCCAUGUCGUACGACGAGUUGCAAAAGAAAGCUGAAGAAGAGGAACAGGCGGAAGAGGAAGCACUUAGGGAAGCCGAGCAAAAAGCGGCAGCACGAGCGGAUAAGCAGGAAGCACGAGAAGCACAUGCUCGAGAGCAAGCGGCAGCAGCGGAAGCAGCAGCCUAUGCAGAAGCACACCCCGCCAAGUCCCCCAGCGACUCCUCUUGUCAGAGCUACGAAUUGUUCGUGAACCAGGAGCGCGGCAACCAGGAUGACAAUACGCGCGAGCGCAUGUCCCUCCGUAGCGACCCCUUCCAAGAUUCGGUGAGCACUCAGCCCACGCACAAGCCAACCGCCACCGAACAGCACCACGAACCGGCACGCCGUCAGAGGAAGGUCAGCAUGGUUCCCCACCCUGAACGCAUUAAUAAAUACGGACUGUUAUCAUAUGGGCCACUGCGCGAAGGCUCGCAGGCUUCAUUAUCUCUACCCGGAUCACCGUUCAAUUUGAGGAGAGGUUCGAGGGGUUCACAUCAAAUGGCUUUAAGACCGAACGGAAGGAAUCGCUAUCCGCCCGGAGCUGAUAGAAAACCAUUGGUAUUGUCAACAUAUUUGGAUGCUCAAGAACAUUUACCCUAUGCAGACGAUUCGAAUGCUGUCACACCAAUGUCAGAGGAAAAUGGCGCUAUCAUAAUACCAGUGUACUAUGCCAAUUUAGGCUCGAGGCACUCUUCCUACACAUCCCACCAGUCCCGAUUAUCGUACACAUCUCACGGGGACCUGUUAGGAGGCAAGGCGCAAACGAAGGAGGCCAGACUGAGAGGUCGAUCGGCCUCCAGAAACCACAGUGUGACGUCACAACCGCACGCGUACCCUCUGCCACGCCAGGAUUCAUCACUGGCUUCCAGGCCACUUAGAGAAUAUGAAAUAAGUACUACGGAGUCCACGGAUGAGGCUGGUAAGGUUCUGAAACAGUCCAACGACAAUCCAUUCAUAGAGUCCCAGAGACCAAACGUUGUGGAUAUGAGAGACGUCAUGGUUUUGAAUGAGAUAAUAGAGCAAGCCGGAAGACAGAGUCGAGCGAGUGAACAAAACGUGUCAGUGUACUACUUCCCAACAGCGGAAGACGAUGAGGAUGGACCAACCUUCAAAGAGAGACUUCUGGAGUGCUUGAUGAAGGGGAUUGACUUCUUUUGUGUGUGGGACUGCUGUUGGUUGUGGUUGGAGUUCCAGAAAUACGUGGCCCUGCUAGUGUUCGAUCCUUUCGUGGAACUGUUUAUAACCUUGUGUAUUGUGGUCAACACUCUGUUCAUGGCUCUGGACCAUCACGACAUGGACAAAGAUAUGGACAAAGCAUUAAAGAGUGGAAACUAUUUCUUCACAGCGACAUUCGGAAUAGAAGCGAUGCUAAAGUUAAUAGCCAUGAGUCCAAAGUACUAUUUUCAAGAAGGUUGGAACGUCUUCGAUUUUAUCAUCGUCGCAUUAUCAUUGCUAGAAUUGGGUUUGGAAGGUGUACAGGGUUUGUCCGUAUUGCGUUCAUUUCGUUUGCUGCGUGUUUUUAAACUGGCUAAGUCUUGGCCGGCGCUAAACCUUAUUAUAUCCAUAAUGGGUAGGACAGUGGGAGCAUUAGGGAAUUUGACCUUUGUACUUUGCAUCAUUAUAUUCAUAUUUGCGGUGAUGGGAAUGCAGUUAUUUGGGAAAAACUAUACAGACUAUGUAGACCGGUUCCCUGAUGGGGACCUUCCUCGGUGGAACUUCACAGACUUCAUGCACAGCUUUAUGAUAGUCUUCAGAGUGCUUUGUGGGGAAUGGAUUGAGAGUAUGUGGGAUUGUAUGCUUGUGGGUGACGUUUCCUGCAUACCCUUCUUCCUAGCCACCGUCGUCAUUGGCAAUCUUGUCGUACUAAACCUCUUCUUGGCCCUGUUACUGUCAAACUUCGGAUCAUCGAAUUUAUCAUCGCCAACAGCAGAUCAAGAUACGAAUAAAAUAGCAGAAGCUUUUAACCGGAUAUCUAGGUUUAUAGACUGGGUUAAAAAAAGCGUUGCUGACAUCUUGAAACUGGUGAAGAACAAGCUCACGAAUCAGAUUGCAAUCCACGCUCCCGGCUUAAAGGCGGCUUUAUGUGGCCGCUGUGUCUCCUCAGAACGCGUUGACAACGAACUGGAACUGGGUGCAGAUAUAGAUGACGGAGUCCUCUACAAAGAUAAGAAACUUAAAGACCAAGUGGAAGUUGCUAUAGGUGAUGGGAUGGAAUUUACAAUACCCGGUGAUAACAAAUACAAAAAAGGUAAAUUAUUAAUGAACAAUAUCAAUGCUAUAACGGACAACCACACGGAUAACAGGAUAAACUGUGAGCUAAAUCAUCACGGAUAUCCAAUUCAGGACGAUGAUACCAUUAGUCAGAAAUCAUAUGGUAGUCAUAAAAUUAGGUCAUUUAAAGACGAGAGCCAUAAAGGAUCGACUGACACCAUAGACGGAGAAGAAAAGAAAGAUGCUAGUAAAGAAGAAUUAGGUUUAGAAGAAGAAAUGAUAGCAGAAGAGGAAGAUGGUAAAUUAGAUCUAGCCAAAAUAGACAUCAAAGCCGGUGAAGGUGAGGUCAUGGACUCGCCGGCCGACUGCUGUCCGGAGCCUUGCUAUCAAAGGUUUCCAUUUUUGGCUGGAGAUGACGAAUCACCGUUCUGGCAGGGCUGGGCUAUGUUAAGACUCAAAACUUACAGACUUAUUGAAAACACGUACUUCGAAACAGCUGUGAUAACUAUGAUAUUACUCAGUAGUUUGGCUUUGGCUUUAGAAGAUGUUCAUUUACCACAUCGACCUAUACUCCAAGACAUAUUAUAUUAUAUGGAUCGAAUCUUUACUGUAAUAUUCUUUAUCGAGAUGUUGAUCAAGUGGCUCGCUCUAGGAUUUCAGAAAUACUUCACGAAUGCUUGGUGCUGGCUCGACUUCAUCAUUGUCAUGGUCUCGCUUAUAAACUUCGUAGCGGCGCUUUGUGGCGCCGGUGGCAUUCAGGCGUUCAAAACGAUGCGAACGCUUCGAGCUCUCCGACCGCUCAGAGCUAUGAGCCGCAUGCAGGGCAUGAGGGUGGUAGUGAACGCUCUGGUGCAAGCGAUACCAUCCAUCUUCAAUGUGCUGCUCGUGUGUCUAAUAUUCUGGCUUAUUUUCGCUAUAAUGGGUGUACAACUCUUCGCCGGGAAAUAUUUUAAGUGUGUCGACAUGAACCAUACCACCUUAAGCCACGAAAUAAUACCAGACAGAAACGCGUGCAUUUUAGAAAAUUAUACCUGGGAGAACUCACCAAUGAAUUUCGAUCAUGUUGGUAAAGCAUAUUUGUGCCUAUUUCAAGUCGCCACUUUCAAAGGUUGGAUUCAGAUUAUGAACGACGCUAUUGAUUCACGAGAGGUAGACCGACAACCCAUCAGAGAGACGAACAUAUACAUGUAUUUAUAUUUUGUAUUUUUCAUCAUCUUCGGAUCUUUCUUCACUCUUAACCUAUUCAUUGGUGUGAUCAUCGAUAACUUUAACGAGCAGAAGAAGAAAGCUGGAGGCAGUCUUGAAAUGUUCAUGACAGAGGAUCAGAAGAAGUAUUACAACGCCAUGAAGAAAAUGGGUUCCAAGAAACCACUGAAGGCCAUACCAAGACCAAGAUGGCGACCUCAAGCAAUUGUAUUCGAAAUAGUAACGGAUAAGAAAUUCGACAUGAUUAUCAUGUUGUUCAUUGGUCUGAACAUGUUGACGAUGACACUAGACCACUAUCAGCAGUCAGACACGUUCAGCGCUGUCCUGGAUUACCUUAACAUGAUAUUCAUCGUAAUAUUUAGUUCAGAGUGCCUGUUAAAAAUUUUCGCCUUACGAUACCAUUACUUCGUGGAGCCUUGGAAUUUAUUCGAUUUCGUCGUUGUGAUGUUUUCUAUACUCAGUUUGGUUUUGAGUGAUAUUAUAGAGAAGUACUUUGUGUCGCCUACUCUGUUAAGAGUAGUCAGAGUAGCAAAAGUUGGUCGAGUUCUUCGACUUGUGAAAGGAGCAAAGGGCAUCCGAACGCUAUUGUUCGCCUUAGCCAUGUCACUGCCAGCUCUCUUCAAUAUUUGUUUACUAUUGUUUCUAGUGAUGUUUAUCUUCGCAAUAUUUGGAAUGUCAUUUUUCAUGCAUGUGAAGGACAAAGGAGGCCUCGACGACGUGUACAAUUUUAAAACUUUUGUGCAGAGUAUGAUUUUGCUAUUUCAGAUGUCAACCUCAGCCGGUUGGGACGGAGUUCUCGACGGCAUCAUAAAUGAGGAAGAGUGUGAUCUGCCAGAUAAUGAGCGUGGUUACCCUGGAAACUGUGGAUCGGCUACAAUCGGGAUCACUUACCUACUGUCCUACCUCGUAAUAUCUUUCCUCAUUGUUAUUAACAUGUAUAUCGCUGUCAUUCUCGAGAACUACUCUCAGGCAACGGAAGAUGUACAAGAAGGCCUAACUGACGACGACUACGACAUGUAUUACGAAAUAUGGCAGCGAUUCGAUCCCGAGGGUACGCAGUAUAUCAGAUACGACCAACUGUCUGAUUUCUUAGAUGUGCUCGAACCGCCGUUGCAAAUACACAAACCUAAUAAGUACAAGAUUAUAUCUAUGGACAUACCAAUAUGCCGCGGAGACAUGAUGUUCUGCGUGGACAUCCUUGACGCACUCACGAAGGAUUUCUUCGCGAGGAAGGGCAAUCCCAUCGAGGAGUCGGUGGAGGUUGGCCGGCCAGACGAGGUCGGGUACGAGCCCGUGUCGUCGACGUUGUGGCGACAGCGCGAGGAGUACUGUGCGCGGCUCAUCCAGCAUGCCUGGCGGCGGCAUCGACGAGCGCAGUCCCCGACGGGCGCCUCGGUGACUGGAUCGUGCGCUGGCGAGGCGGAAGGCGCGCCCACGGCCGUGCUACUGGACGCAGGCGGUGGUGCGGGCGGUGCGCAUCGCGUGGUGCUGCAGGCAGCCGGUGCGGCGCCCCGGCCUCCUGAACCCGCGCCGCCGCCCGCGCCCGUCUGACCCGCGCUGGCGCUCGCGCUGCUGCCCGCGCUGGUCGACGACGCGCCGCUGCCCCUGCCCGCACCGCUGCCCGAGCUCUUGAGCCCGCCCAAGCGCACUUGAUUUUUUUACGCUGAUUUCGAGUAUAUAGUGACAGCGGGCGAGCGACGCGACGCGGUCCGUCCCCCGCGGACUGUAGAACCGCGCGUGCGGAGACGCGAGCGUUCAUCGGAGUGUUUUGUGUUCGCACUGUCGCAGCUUGCGAGACGAUUUGUUUUGCGAGCGAUGAUCGUGAUUGUCGAGUUUAACUUUUUAGUGUUUUACUUUGUCGCGUCAAUUCCGAUCUCGAGGAGGACCCGUGUAUCGGUCGGAAGGAUUCGUAUUAGCGAGCACGCAGUUUUGUUUCGUCACUAGUUUCGUAAGAUAUCGGAUAAAUUGAGGAAACAUUAAAUGCUUAUUUUUGUAUUCGACGAUUGACACUCUUUCUGUGUAAAUGUUCAAAGGCGAGUUGGCUAGAUGUCUAAGAUUGUCUACGUGUAUAUAAACUGGGCGAUAUCAUUUCCCUUCCCCAAAAUGAUGUCGAUCAGAGAAAAUGCAUGAGCGUUGGAGAAUGAUGCGGAGUGAUGUUUGCUUGAUGAAGUCCGCUUGAUUCGGACGUCGAAGUGGACGCUGCCGGUCCCCGCGGCCGCGUCCACUGGCGACGCCGCACUCGACUUAUCACAUUUCCAAUAUCUAGCAUUUUAACAUCAGUACAUAAUAUCUAUUUGUAUUCAUUUAAAUUGUCUAACGCGUUUGAACGCUAGCGUGAUUGUAUUUAAUACCUAAGCGCUUAAAAAAGCAAUGGCUACGCCGAUUCAUAUCAAUUAUGUCCAUGAUAGUUUUUAAUAGUUCCGAUUUAUAUGCUUCUAACUGUAACAAAAAUCGUAACGUCUUACCUUUCUGUGGAGGUCGGUCGUCGCGGAGUUUAAGGUUUAGAGAAAUUUUGCAUAGCUGUCUAUGCUUAGCAAAUCAGCAGUGAAAUUGGUACCAGAGUUCACUUCCGUCCUAAUUCAGAAAGCAUCAUAGGAAUCGAGCCAUUUUACGUAAUGCGCACCUUUUCAAAGUUAAUGUAAUUUUCUUCCCCUGAAUUACAUUAGCUGCGGCGGCGCUCGCGUCUUCCCACGCGUGCGUCGCCCCAUCUGAACCUGAUCUUAUACUGCCACCGGGCUGGCACUGCUUCUCUUAUAUAACUCUAGCACGUCAUUUCUAUCAAUGUUGAAUGCAAUAUUGUAACAAUCUAUCGCGCUGUAGGUGCAAACUUUUAUUGUUAAACUGAACAUGUGGAAGGAUUUUGACGUAUCAAAAAGCCAUGAAAUUAGCCAUAAGAGAUAUAAUUAAAUAACCUAAGAUAUCGAACGUCCCUUACCGAGUAAGGUAGAUAUUAUUGGAAUAUUUUUAUUUUUCGAUUAACAUCUCUCUAAUUAAUGAUGUUAGCGCAAUCGUGAAGUUGUCGAGAUAUAUCUACCCUGCUGAUCUUCGCGUCUAACAUCUCUUCGUACUGCGACAACUCGAUUGCUUUAAUUACAGCUCUGCCAGUAUUGUCAUUUCUAGCACAAUAUGAUACAAAACAUACAAUUUUGUAAAUAACUUAUGGAAGUGAUAAAUUUUUACUUCUUUAUAAAUAUUCAGAGCUUAUAGCCGGGAGAUGCCCGAAGUAGCACGAUGCAACACAUGACUUAUCGUGUUUCUAUGGCUAUCAACGAGUGGCGCAGAUAAGUAAUAAAGCUUGAAGCGAUGAAGUUAACGUGUGCUCCCGUUCUGCUUUUAAUAAAAGAUCAUGUCACUGAAUAGUUGUGUGUUGGUUGUUUUCAAAUUCGUUUUUAUAAAAUGUGAAUAAAUAUGAAUGUGCAAGACAAUCUUAACGUUGCUAAGUUCUAAACGAGUCGGUGUUUUGUAAACUAAAAUGACGCUUAACGUUUUGCACCUAUUUUGCAAUAAUGAAUUACGGUUACAGAUAAUAAAUCCUUAGGUACCUACUUUUUAUAAAAAGUUAAAAUGGGCAGUGCAUGAGCCAGCGAGUUUCCCCGUCGCUAGGUCACGCACCGCGUUCAAACUGCAGCCCUCGGUUACUUCAGAGUUCAGUCUCUAACGCUUCCGCCAGCCCAACUGGCAACGUAACGACCACGACACGACCGACACGAAAAGUCGUGAUCUAGUUCAAAGAAACGGGAGCGUAUCGUCAGGGAACGGUUCAUACGAAACAAGAAUCUGAGAUAUCAUCGAUAUUUCUACAUAAAUUAUUAAAAAACAUAAGGUAAAUUUAAAUGAGGAAAAUAUUGAUCGUACCUAGUCAAUUUAUCAAUUAUACCUACCUAUGUGCUUUUGUGACGUAGCUCCUAAUGUUUCCAGUAGAUGGUAAGCGUAGACAAUCUCGACCGAUUAUUUGUGUACGUUUCAAACACCGAUUCUACGUUCCUUUGAACCGCUCCACGACGCUGGUAUAUACCAUUAUAUUUCGUUAUGUUACUGAAUAAAAGUUAUUGUUUUGGUAAAACCAAAUAUUUUAUCUACUAUUAGGCAUAUUGGCACAAAAGAAGUUGUGUUUAAUUAAGUUUAGACAAUAAGUUACGAUAUCAUUGUAUUAUUUCUUUAAAUAAACUUAUGACAAAAAGUGAGUUCAGUUUGCUGAAUGAUAGAGAUUUAAUUGAGUAUUUAUUAUAUAUAUUGUUGAAGUUUGUACAAAAUAAAUUAAGUAAACGAUAAAUAUAGAACUUGACUGCUUUAA